AUGGCAGGGAAGGAGGUGGUGGUGCUGUGGCUGCUGGCGGUGUUGGGCUGUGGGUAUGGUGGGAAGGUGCUGGUCUGGCCCGCCGACAACAGCCACUGGCUCAACAUGGACUAUAUCCUCCAGCAGCUUGUGGCCCGGGGCCACGAAGUGACAGUGGUGAUACCUUCAUGCUUCCUCAUCCUCGAUCCCAGCCAGCCCUCACCUUACAAGUUCGAGGUGGUUGAGGUGCCGAUGACCAGAAAGGAAGUAGCUGACUUGCUGGAUGAAGCUUUCUAUUUUUGGAUUUACAAGCAGAGAAAGCAGCACAUCUGGGAAGUGUUUUAUCAGAUAAGAGAGGUGAUGUUCAACAUGAGCUACGCAAACAAAAUGAUCUGCAAGGAAAUGCUGAAGAACGAAGCACUGCUGGAGAGGCUGAGGGAAUCUGCCUUCGAUGUCUUUCUGAUCGACCCCCUGCUACCGGGCGGGGAGCUGUUUGCAGAGAAGCUGGGCAUCCCCUUUGUGUACACCUUCCGCUUCUCCUUGGGCAACACGGUGGAGCGGCUCUGUGGUGGUCUUCCAGCGCCUCCUUCCUAUGUGCCAGCCCUCAUGAGCCGUCUGACUGACAGGCUAUCCUUCACGGAGAGGCUAUUGAACACCAUCGUCUACACUGUUAUGGAUAUCUUGUAUCACAGGAUUUUCGGGGCAGAAUGGGAUCAAUUUUACAGUGAUGUACUAG